AUGGGGCUGGAGGCAACGCUGGACCUGGCGGAGCGGCGCCGCAUCCGCUCGGCCAUCAGGGAGCUGCAGCGGCAGGAGCUGGAGCGGGACGAGGAGGCGCUGGCAUCCAAGCGCUUCCGCCCGGAGCGCAGCAGCCACCGGCAGGACGACAAGGAGAACUGGCCGCGGUCCCGGUGCCUGGAGGAGGAGCAGCAGAUGGCUCUGGCCGCCUUGUCCCGGCAGCUUGAAACCAUCACUGACGUAGAGGAGCUGACAAAACUGCUGCGGGCGGCGGGUGAGUAUGAGGAGCGCAAGCUGAUCCGAGCUGCCAUCCGCAAGCUGCGGGCUGAGGAGAUAGAAGCCGCAACCCUGGCUGGGAACGCACAGAGCAGCUGGAGGGACAGCAGCAAGCCCCCCGCUGUGCCUGGGGAUGCGAAAAGCAGCCGGCGGGAUGAUGCUGAAACGCCAGCCCUGGCUAGGAGCAGGAAGAGCAGCCAGAGGGGUGAUACUGAGCUGUCAGCCCUGGCUGGGAGUGGGGAGAGCUGUGGUGAGGACAGCGCCGAGCCCCUGGCCACUGCCAGGAGUGGGGAGAGCAGCCAGCAGGAUGAUGCAGAGCAGCCGGCACUGGCUGGGCGGGAGGAGAGCGGCUGCGGGGGGGCUGCAGAGCGGCCCCCUACCCAGGAGCCCGAAGGCUCAGCGGCCCACGAGCAAGAUGACGCAGUGGAGCAGGAGCACGUCCCAGCUGGGAUGCAGGAGCUAUGCAGCCAGCAGACGGGAGAACGCCAGAAACCCAGCACCCAGGCCGUGGUCUCGGGGACCCUCGUGCUCCUGGAGUUGCAGCCGGCCCCGGAGCCCAGUCCGGAGCCCAAAGAUGGUGGCGAGGAGCCGGAGCGAGACCAGCCGUGUUCCCUGGGCACUGCCCAGCCCAAGGGGCAGCACGAGGCAGCCUGGAAGGAAGGGAGCCCGGGCAGCCCUGCCACCGCCCAGGAGCCCGGUGAGGGGCAAAGCCAACGGGUGGAGCAGCCUCCCCUGGGCCAGCCCAGUGCUGGCAGCCGGGGCAGCCAGCUUGGUGUCGGGGUGCGUGGCAAGGUGCCAGGGCCGGCUGGGAGGCGCAGGGAGCCACCAGCGGUGGCAGUGCCCACCCAGGACGUAGCGGGGACCCCGGCUCGCCUGAACACUCACCGGUGGGAGCAAGCGUCCUCCUCCCCGCGCCCGGCUGGCCGCACGGGUAAGGUCCCAGCGGCGGCUGCCUCCGCACUCUGCUUCCCAGUGGCAGGAGGUCCCCGCCUCGACGGCAUGAAGACCUACGUCACCAUCGAGAUCAAGGAUGGGCGCGUGCGGCCUCUCACACCCCGUGUCGUGGCCGCCCCCGGCAGCCAGCGGGCAGAGGUGACCCUCGGGCUGCGGAGCACCCCUGUCCGCAUCACCACUGUCCCCAGCAGCAGCAGCAGCGUCUGCAGUGGCAGCAGCAAUGUCAUCAAGUCCGGGGCAGCCGAGCUGGCGGAGCUGCGGCGGGAGCUGGGGGCUUUCCGGGAGACAAUGGAGGGGCAGCUGGAGCAGGCACUGCAGGGGGUGCAGCCCCUGGCGCGGGCGCUGCGGGCGCUGGAGGAGGAGCACCUGGAGCUGCGGGCAGAGCUGGCACGCCUGGGCCGCCGUCUCGACUUGCUGGCGCUGCAGCUGGGGACGCAGGAGCCCCCCGGGGAGGACCUCAGCACCCUCUUUCUGGAAGCACAGGAGCCUUGUGCCCACUUUGAGGGCACUGAGGAGCCUGGUGGCCCCGUGGCCCAUCCACCUGCUUUCUCCAGUACGCGCCAGCAAUCGGCCCUGCACCUCUCCCGGAGCAACAGCGGCAUGGAGCCGGAGGUGGUGGAGCAGCCCCAGGCACCAAGGCUGGAGCCGGAGUUGCCCAAUGGCAUGGAGAAGGUCCAAGUGAGGGAGCUGGAGAGAAGGAGCAAGCUGAACGUCGAGGAGCUGAACAGGAUCGAGGAUGAGGAAGUUCUGGAUAAGAUGCUGGAUCGGACGAUGGACUUUGAGGAGCGGCGACUGAUCCGAAACGCCAUGCGGGAGCUGCGCCAGCGCAAGCGAGACCAGCGGGAGAAGGAGCGGGACCAGCGGCUGCAGGAGACGAGGAGCCAGGCUACGGCAGGGAGGGCCGGCCACAGCACAGAGACCACCACCACGCAGAGCACCCAGUCAGCUGACGGCUCGGCACGCAGCACCGUCACCAAGACCGAGCGUCUCAUCCAGUCUAGCGAUGGCAGCAAGACCUCCCGUACUACAACCAUGGAGUCAAGUUACGUGAAGAGAUCUGACAAUGGCAACAGCACAUUUGUUCAAACCAAAUCAUCCUACAGCUCCUCUUCCAAGAAGACGGGCAGCAUCUUCGACCGUGAAGACGAGAGUGCCUCCAGGCAGAGCAGCCUGGCCGCGCUGGAGCGGCGCCAGGCUGAGAAGAAGAAGGAGUUGAUGAAAGCUCAGAGCCUGCCCAAGACAUCGGCCUCGCAGGCUCGUAAGGCCAUGAUGGAGAAGCUGCAGAAGGAGGCCGUGAGCUCGCCAAACCCCGCAGUGGCACGCACUGCCGUGCAGCGCUCCUCCAGCUUUGGCGUGCCCAAUGCCAACAGCAUCAAGCAGAUGUUGCUAGACUGGUGCAGAGCCAAGACCCGGGGCUAUGAGCACGUGGACAUCCAGAACUUCUCAUCCAGCUGGAGUGAUGGCAUGGCCUUCUGUGCCUUGGUCCACAACUUCUUCCCUGAGGCAUUUGACUACAGCCAGCUGACGCCCCAGAACCGCCGCCACAACUUUGAGGUGGCCUUCUCCUCCGCAGAGAAGCACGCGGACUGUCCGCAGUUGCUGGACGUGGAGGACAUGGUCCGGAUGCGCGAGCCGGAUUGGAAGACGCUGGUGGACUGCGUGCCCCUGGUGGAGGUGGAAGACAUGAUGAUCAUGGGGAAGAAGCCGGACUCCAAGUGCGUCUUCACCUACGUGCAGUCCCUCUACAACCACCUGCGUCGCCACGAGUUGCGCAUGCGGCAGAAAGAGUGCUAGAGCCUGCCCUGCCUGCCACCCCCCUGCCCUCAGGGCUGCCGGUGGGCAGGGGAGCUGCCUGCCCCAGGAGGGUCCAGGGAGGCCACGGGACCGGCGCUGGGGACGGGGGGCUCUGCCACCAGGGCAACCCCACGCCUCUGCCUCGCUGGAGCUCCCUCUGCCCCGGCUGGCUGCGGGCUGACCCUGUGGGCAGGGCCAGGCAGGCACUGCCAGGGAUGUUCCCCAGCUUGGCUCACCUCCCGUGCUCCAGCAUGUUAAGUUAUUUGUUCUCCAGGAGUUGUUUGUCCCGUGGGCAGCACCCCUGCAUCCCUGGGGAGGUCCGGGCAUGGCUGCGCCCUCGGGCCCGGGGCUGGCAUGGGUUGGCGGCAGAGCAGGGUUGUGCAGCCCAGCCCAGGUCGUGGUGCAUUCCACAGGCAGCACGCCCACAAGCGGUCCUCCUUGGCCCCCUGCAAGGAAGUCCCUCUGCCCACCGCAGGCCCUGCUUGGUGCCACCUCCCUAGGGAUGGCUCCACGGCCCCGUGCUGACACCCUGCUUCCCACUGCACACAUGCACUCUGGGGCGCUUCCACACCGGGGGGUUGCAGCACCCGUGUGCUGGGGAGUGGGUGGGGAGGCAAGGGGUCCUGGGGGAGCGAGGGGCCCAAGGAGUGAGCUGGGACAGCAGCCCCCGCUCUCCUCCCCAGCCCAGCUCAGGGCACCACGUGCUCAGCGCCGCUCACCCCUCCAUCACCGUCUCUACACCCGCGUUGACACGUGUACCAACACCAGCCAGACAAUAAAGGUUUAUUCUAUAGGG